AACGGAUAGUUUUUAUUUUUUAAGCGAAGGGUCUUCUGUGGACCGAGUCCACCUGCACCAAGCCGUAAUUUCGCGCCUGACAGACACGCGCGGUUAGUUGACCGCGGGGCUGGUUAUGUAGAAAUUUGGAUGGGUACAGUUGCGAUACACAUGGGAGGCACGUGAUAGCAAUACAGGUCUCAGAUCGAUCGAUCCCCCCCUCUCUCUCUCUCAUCGUUCUCCUCUCUCUCUCCCCACACCUGAUCGAUAUCCUUCUCCUUCUCAUGGUCAUCUCGCUCAUCGUUAUCCUUGUCCCCCCAAUUUGAUUCAGAAAUUAGAUACAUUGGGGUUUCGAAGAAGUCAUUCGAUUGGCGGCGGCGUCGUAAUGGGUUUGGGAGUUGUGAAAGCUUGUCUGUACCUGCGUAUAGCUUCUGGUCUUCUAGUACCAGAAGCCAAGCUGUUUCUGCAUUUGGAGGAUUUGCUUUAUGUGGAUAAAGCCAAACCCCAUGAUCGCAGGACGAUGUGUGACUCACCGAUUGUGCAAGCUAAGUUGAGCAAUCAUUUGCAGGUUAAAGAUUUAACUGAGCAGUUUCCAGCCGCUACACCCCUUGCUUUGGCACUGAAACAGUUCUUGGCAGAUUGUAGUCUGGAUCAGUCUUAUUCUGGUGGCUUGAGUUCCUACUGUUUGGUACCACUAACUGUGCGUUUUCCCCAGCAUGAGUGUCUUCUUGACCGACCUAUCAACCAAGUAAUUUCAUUUGCCACAUUAUAUAUUUGUCUUGACUUUGGAGACCUUCUGAUGAAUUUUCUUUAUUUUUUUGGGAAUGUUUUUGAUCCUUGGCAAAUGCGUAUUUCCGUACAGGGAAGUGGUGUUUAUAUAAAGAGGGAAAAAGGUUGCAGCAUCGACCCCACACAUUGAUGAUCCCCUUAUUUCGACUAAUAAUGUGGGACGCAAUUGCUUUUGGAUACAUCAAUGUAUCAAGGUUUUUCACCACUGGGCUUCCUAGUGAUGUUGUUGUUGAAGUUGGAGAAAUGUCUUUCCAUCUUCAUAAUUUUCUUUUGCUCUCAAGAAGUCGAGUCAUGGAAAGUUGAUUUCAGAAGCAUCUGAAGAUGGAGAUGAAGCAUGCAAAAUAAACCUCCCUCAUAUUCCUGGUGAGCUAAAACUUUCGAGCUGGUAGCCAAGUUCUGUUAUGGGGUGAAACUUGAACUGACUGCUUCAAAUGUUGUAUGCCUGCGAUGUGCUGCUGAGCACCUUGAAAGGACUGAAGAGUGUGGGAGGUAAUUUGUCCUUGUCUUCAGAGGAGAGUUGUCUGCCCAUCGCUAGCAUCAUUUUCUGCAUUAGUUAUAUCCAGGUACAAUAGUCCUCUCUGUUGUUAUUCUUUUUAGCCAGUUCAAUGUGUAUUAUGUGGGUCUUGCAGAAACUACCUACAAGUAAGCAGUGAAGUUGUACUUUAAUGAUGAUGAAUACUCAUACAUACAAGUGAAUAAAGUUUGUUGCCUAUCAGUUUCUGUGUUAUUGGAAAGAAAUAGAGGCUUGAAGAGGAUUGAGCUCUGUGCAGUUGGAACCAAAAUCGAUGAUACCAGCCCUGUUGGCAUCAAAUAUGGUCUCGAUUAUUGUUAUUUUCGAGUUCUAGAAUCUUGCUGCCAUGUUGAAUGGAAAUUUUUUGGAGAUGUCAGAAAUUCCGGAGUUUUAAUUUUUGGUGGUUACUGACGAUGGCUUGCUGGAUACAUCUUAGUAAGGGAGCCAAAGGGAAAGUGCAUGGGACAUCUUCCUGUUUAAUUGUUGUUCAAGACCACCUUGAUUACAAGCUAAAUCCUAGUAUGUCCAUAUAUAGAAUUUCUUAAUCUUGUUGUCAAUCUAUUCCUUACAUGGAAAUAGAAAUUGUGUGAGAGUUCCUUGGAGAAAUCAAGUUUAAAUUACUUUCAUUGUAUAGAACUAGUGUAUAAAUUACUUUCUGAAUAUAGAUUAUGCAUAAAUUCUACCAAAUAGUUUGACCAUUGUUGAACUUGCACACAUGCAGAUAAUCUGUAAUGCAUUUGGUGGUAAAAAACUUCAAUUUUAGUACA